UCACAUGGACCCUAUAUUGUUAUCUCGGCCGAUCGAAAGACUCAACUUAGGCUCCAGUGAAGUCAACGUAUACCAUUCUUCUUCCUCUGGUUGCUCCUUUAUAUAUCUACCCCCACCAUCUGAUAGCUAGCAAGGAGACCAUUCAUACCAUUCCUCUCUUCCCAGCAGCAAGGAUCCUUCAAGGCCUCAAGCGCUCCUCUCAAAGAAAUGGCCACCGGAAGUAGAUCCCUCGAGAAACAGACAAGUACCGACGAACUACCAAAGCAACUACCAUAUGACUUUUUGAAGAAAAUUACAAAUGACUUUGCUGAAGAUCGGAAAAUUAGUGGAGGUCCAUUUGGAACACUUUAUAAGGGAAUUGUUCCUGGAAUUGGUCCUAAAGAUGACAAAGUGAUUUCUGUGAAGAAACUUCAGGAAAACGCACCGAUGCCACCUAACAAGACAUUUAAUAACGAGGUUCAGAAUGUAAUGGCGCUCAAGCAUGUAAACAUAGUAGAGUUGGUUGGAUUCUGCUGUGAAACACAGAAGAAAUUGGUGCAGUUUGAUAAAAGAUAUAUAAUGGCAGACAUCACUGAAAGUUUACUCUGCUACGAACAUUUACCUAUGGGGAGCGUUAAAGUUAAUCUUUUUGGGACAAAAGCAGCCGAGGUUGCGGCUUCAAGAAAAGAUUGGGACUCACGCUUCAAGAUAAUAAAAGGGAUCUGCCAGGGUUUACGUUUUCUACAUACGUUGGAUAUCCCUAUUAUCCAUAUGGAUCUAAAGCCCGAAAACAUACUAUUGGAUGCAAAUAUGGUUCCGAAGAUUGCGGAUUUCGCACUCUCUAGAGUCUUUGGGCAAGAACAAACCCGGUUAUGCACACAAACAGUUGUGGGAUCAUAUGGGUACAUGGCUCCAGAAUAUCUUUAUAGAGGUGAAAUUUCGGCCCAGUCAGAUAUCUAUAGUUUAGGCGUAAUAAUGAUGGAGAUCACCACAAGAGAGCAGAACAGUUCCGGAAAUGACCAACCGUCCGCAAGAAAAUUUAUUGAAAAAGUACAAAACACUUGGGAUAAGGAACAGCACAUAGCAUCGAAGUACUAUUCGUUAGGCCCACAGGGCCUCCAGCAAGUUAAACUAUGCAUCAAAAUUGCGCUGGAAUGUGUUUCUAUUGAUCGGAAACAGAGACCCACUAUAGUAGAAAUUGUUGAGAGGCUCAACGGAAUAAAAUGAACUGCAGUUCAAAUUUUAUGACAUUUCAGGUCUCUCGUGCAGUAUGGAGUGAGCCUACAAGUUGGGUCUCCAGAGGUCCGGAGAACAAAACAUAUUGCGGUAUUGAUGGGAGUCCUCUGUUCUAUUUUGAACUACUACACUUCAAUGUAAUGGCAUUGUGGAAGCACUAAAUGUAAUUUAUUUUUGGAAACUGCUCGUCCAGAUUUUCCCCCCUUUUUGAUCAACAUGUGGGAUCCAACAGGUUAUGGUGUGUUCUCUUAAUGUCAAUUUGAAAAGUAGUUUGUUUUUCCUAGCUAUUUUGAUUGAUAUGUAUUGUUCUCAGCUUGGGACCAUGCUAUUUAAAAGAAUACAUAUUUAAUAAAGAUCA